ACUCGACUCUACUCUAUGAUACUCUACUCUGCUCUACUCUGAUCAUUGAGAACUGGAGACUACUACAAAGCAUUGUGGAGCUAGCUUGGUUGAUGGCUGGUCUCGUUCCCAAACUUUCCAUGUUUCAUCUACUAAUUGUGUGUGUACUAAUGACAUUGUUUCUUAAGUUUCUUUCUUAUUCCCUGCUGUUUGUCUCUUUGCUGCUAUGUUGUUGCGUGUGCAAUUGUGACGACCAGGCCCACCUGAUGAUUUCACAUCAUCAGAAGGCAGUGAUUGUAGAUGUGGAUGACUACACCUUUGGGCAAAAGCCCCCACCAUUGAACAUGCGGCAGUCAAGGCAUCGGAGGGUUGCCGCAUUUAUUGGUGGCAUCGACCUUUGUCAUGGAAGAUACGACAAUCCGUCUCAUCCUCUCUUUCGCACCCUCCAUGUUCCUAUGCAUGGCGAAGAUUUUUACCAAGGUUGCAUAGAUUCUGCGAAACUUCCUCAUGGUGGUCCUCGCCAGCCGUGGCACGACAUCCAUUGCCGGUUAGAAGGGCCUGUGGCAUUUGAUGUUUUGACGAACUUCACCGAAAGGUGGGAGAAAUCUGGCCACCUAUUUGGUAACUCUCUCCCGCAGCUCAAGGAUUUUGUACGGAUUCUCACCCCUUCCGAGGACAGCCCACAGGAUGGUGAUCCUGGGGUCAUGGUUACACAUGAGUCGCAGCCAGAUACGUGGCACGUUCAAGUGUUCAGAUCCAUUGACUCUGGCUCUGUCAAGGGCUCAGCGUGGCCGACCGAACAAGAUGAAGUACGGGCGCGUGGCUUGCUCAUGGGAAAGGGUGUCCGCUUUGAGAGAAGCGUGCAGGAUGCGUACAUCAAUGCUAUUCGCCGUGCCCAGCACUUCAUAUAUAUUGAGAAUCAGUACUUCAUGGGCAGUUCGUACAUGUGGCGAACUUUUAUGAAUGCAGGUUGCAACAACUUAAUCCCCGCUGAAAUUGCGCUAAAGAUUGCUGACAAGAUCCGCGAGAAUGAGCGAUUUGCAGUCUACAUAGUCAUCCCAAUGUUUCCAGAGGGUGAACCUCAAAGCGGGAUGGUGCAAACUUCACUCCAUUGGCAGUACCAAACCAUGGAGAUGAUGUACAAACUUGUUAGGUCUGCUCUAAAUGAUACCGGGAAGACGAAUGUCCAUCCUCAGGAAUACUUGAACUUCUUCUGUCUUGUGAAUCGGGAGGCUCUCCUACCAAAUGAGCUAGGAAGGAGUAGAGAACCUAAUCCCUGUUCGCCUCUGGACCUGGCUUACCAAAAGCGUCGGUUUAUGAUUUACGUGCACUCGAAGAUGAUGAUUGUCGAUGAUGAGUACAUCAUUGUGGGAUCAGCGAACAUCAACGAACGGUCUAUGGAUGGAACGCGUGACACCGAGAUUGCAAUGGGGGCAUUCCAACCACAAUACACAGUCUCCAAGUCAAAUGGAAGGACUCCUCGAUCAGACGUGUACGGGUUCCGUUUGUCGCUGUGGACUGAGCAUCUUGGUGGGCAUCUCAUCCCAGAGUUCAACGAGCCGUCCUCGCUGGACUGCAUCAAUCAUGUGCGGGGGGCAGCAUCAGUCAAUUGGGACGAUUAUAUGGCACCCAACAUUACAAACCUGAGAGGUCAUCUUUGCCCCUAUCCCAUCAGAGUGGAGAUGGAUGGAUCUGUCAGAACAUUGCCAGGGGUCGAAACAUUCCCUGAUGUCGGCGGGAAGGUUCUCGGUGAGGUGAUGGCCGCUGCUCCAACGAAGCUGACGACAUAGGUGUUGCUCCCAACCUCCCACUGGGCCAGGCAUGUAACAUGUGAAGCUUUCUUCGUUUCCAAUCGGAAGUUUUGAAGGUUGAAAAGUCCGACGUCCUCAUCUCUCUUAUAGAGCAUUCUCGGGGGUACAAACACAUUCCCUGACUUCGGCGGGGGUAUGUUCUCCUGGUUGUGACGCUUCCUAUGCUAACUUAAAGGUGUCUGAUGGCAUUACAGCAGUUGCUCCUAGCCACCUACUGGUAUGUAUGAGAAGAUCUCUUCCCUCUCAGACUGGAUAAAGUUCCAAAUUCAAC